AUGUUGUCGUGUCUUUUCAUGUUUCGCGUGGUGCGUGCGGCCCUUGAUUCCUCCCUUGCGCCUCUCCUCUACGCUUGUGCUUUCUCCUCGGGAUUGCCCCUGUGCCCAUCCUCGGCGUUGUUGUGCCUCGUAGUGAUCGCCGCCAGCAGCAGCAAGCCUCUCCUCACACCGACUGCCCAUCCCCGUCACGCCUACAGAAAAAAACUAAUGGAACUUAGCAACAUGCGUUCCAGACCGCACUACUCACCUCUCCACCAGCCGGUCUCCUCGGUUCGCCAGGACACGACGAACACAUACCCCCACGCCUAUGCUGUGCCGAGUCGACAGACGUCGUCUGCUGACGAUGGGCACGACAACACCGUGGCAGCGGCGGCCCCCGCACGCCCCUCGGUAUCCGGGUGGGGAAAGCCGCGGAUGCAUGCAAGCAAGCACGCCACCUAUAGUAGCGAUGUGAAACACUGUCUUUCACACCCUAUGCCCGAACUGGCACCGACCGCCGCGCCAGCCAUGGCAAUGACGCAGCCGCCAUCGCAUCCUCAACAGGAGAGCAAAUCUGUGGUGUACACGGUGCAGAACUCAACCACCGCCACUCGCGCGCACGAGACGGAGUACGGCGGCGUACUGACCAUCUGCACGACGACCGUGACGCGCACUAUCACAGAGCGUCUCGUGGCGAGCGAUGAAGAUGACGACAACAGCGAGAACGGCGAGGUGCGCCUGGAAGAGGAGCACAACGAAGUUUCUCUGCCGUCUCCAUCGUGUUGA